UCUUGUUGUGUGGGUGAAUCGGUGCUAAGCUUUUCUUAACUAUUUUAUCAGUUCUUUAGUUCACAGAAUGGGUUACUUAAAAUCAUUUUUAUGCUACCUGAUUGCUCUUUUAGGCAUAGGUGGGAAUCGUGGCUUUACUUUGGUGGACGAUCUAGAAGAGGAAUUGGAGCAAAGAGACUUUAGCAAAGCUAUUUUGGAGAUGUUGCACAUUAAUAAAAUGUCAACACCUCAACAGGCAAAGCCACACCCCUAUAUGAAGCAGGUGUACCAGACCCUGGAUACACAGGCGAGAGAUCUGAGUGAUGCUGAUGGGACUCUCGUGCAGAGUUUCCGGAGCAGUGAAGACUCAAAGUACGGUACUCCAGGUUGGAUCUGGUUCAACAUGUCUCAUCUAAGCCCAUACAUGAGGGUUGCGGAGCUGGUUCUGUUGAGAAAGACUCUACACCCCGAGCCACUAAGUGUUACUGUCACAGUGCACAGUAUUUCGGCAGAAACUGCUAAUCUGAGCAUUAGUGGCCCUCUUGUGGAGCAAUUAUUGAGCCUCAACAAGCUACCUCCAUCGGGCUAUGAUGUUUUUGACGUGACCGCUGCGAUAACCCAACACCUGCCCCAUUCGGACACCCUGGGCUUUCAGUUGCGCUUUUGGGACGACAGCGGCAGCUUGGUUCUCCAUGAGGCCCUCACACAGAGCCUCUACUGCCUGAACAGGAGCUCUCUCAGUCAGCCACUUCUGGUGGUUUACAGGACCAAAUCAAUGGAGCUGAACCAGAAGACCACUGGAGAGAGACCUGAGGCUAGGAUAAGGCACAACUGUAUGGUCAGCUCAGAAUAUAACAAAAAACAAAGGCAUUUGAGGCAUACUGCCUGCAAACUGUAUGUACGUCACAUUAACCUCCAUUCAAGCGAGCUGGGUCAAUGGAUCCUACAGCCAUCACAUUUUAACAUCAGUAUUUGCAGAGGAAACUGUUCAAAACAAAUGUCACCAUCAUCCAUGACUUUUCAGAAACAGGACAAGCGUAGCACGAAUGCUUUACUUCAAAGAUCCAGCUGCGUUCCUCAAGGACUGUCGUCUCUGCUCGUAAUGUACAGCAUUGAUACUUCUGACAUUAUUAUAAAGGAAAUAAAGGAUAUCAAAGCAGAGAGAUGCACCUGUCUGCAAACUUCUCAGUGAACAUCUCAUGCAUAUACAUAUCAAACACGUUUGUAGUUAAUGGAUUGUUUAUCUGUUGAUACUGUAUCGAAAAACUGAGCUAUGUACCUCCAGAUCACCUUUAUUAUUAUGAUAGUAAUUGAAACGCAAGCAUUGGGUCUCAAUUUUUUGUGAAAUAUGCGUUUGGACGUUUUAACUAACAAGUCAUGAAUCAACAAAAACUUUCAUACUAAAAAUUUUUCUAAAUAUUUGCAAAAAUGUAAGAACAACUUAGAACACACUAUACGCAAUAAUCAUGAACAAGGAAAAUUUAAAUAAUUCAAUUUAUUAAUUUAUAUUUUUUCCCUUGUUCAUGAUUAUUGCAAACGUGUGGUUUAUUAAGUUGUUCUUACGUUUUUGCAUACAUUUAAAAUAAAUUUUAGUGUAAAAUCAUGACAUCCAUACGCACAUUUUAUGAACAAAUUUGUGCAUUACGCAUACGUAUAUAUAUAUAUAUGCUAUGUGGGCAUUUUGGGCCACAUGAUGUCACAAAAGAGCACAUGUUUUAUAUAACUGAGUGAAUAUAGGACUUCUACAAUAUAUUCUAUUAUUUACAUGAUCAAUAAAUAAAUGUGUGAAUGUUAUAUAUAGCAAAGAGCUAAAAUGUAAUAAAAAAACUGUUUAUAGUGCUGAAAAAUUCUGUAACAUAGCUGGUUACUGUACAUUGUCAACAAACAAUAACAGUUUUCACGGCAGUUAAAGGGUGGGCAUCAACAUUGUGUCCUUGUUCAGCUAGGAAUAAGUUUGCAAGAUGUUCUUUUAAGGGCACAGGCAAAGCAAACAUCUUAUAUUUUCAGAAGUCAGAAGCAAUAUCUCAUCUAUUUUAUGCACCAGCACUCAUCCAGCCUUCCCACUGUGGCCUUCAUCUCAAAGGUAACCAGCUGACCCUCAAGUGAUCAUACUAACCAUUGCUUUUUUAAAAGUUUAUCUCCUUGUAUCUAUAUAUUUGUUGUGUACAUAGAUAUGUUAUUAAAGAUGCAUAAUCAAUUGUUUUAAAUUUAUAACAUAUUCUCAAUAUAUUAAUCUGUUUGUUCCCGACAGAGAAACAUUUCUGGCAAGUGAUCAUUUUUACCCAUCUUUUACCGCAAGUGACCAUAAAAUUUAAAUUUUGUUUUUUAUUACUUUUUCAUUUAAAUGUGCUAGCCGCAUUUAAAAGAUAUAAUCAUUUAAAACUUACAUUUUCACAGGUACGGA